AUGGACGACCUCAACGAAGGCGCCGAAGACCGGGUCAGCGAUCCCUCUAUCAUCGUUUCGGCCCUUUUCAAGGACGAAGACAGCAUCGAUGCCACCACAGACAACUUCAAGGAUACUGGUGCGGACUCCUGGAACAGUGAUGACAAUACCAACAUUUCGUACCUUUCCGGAGACGAGAACAGCAUCAAUGUCACCACCUUCAAGCCUGGCAGAUACUUCGUGCCCUUCCACGACAGCAGAAGUGCGCAGGACGGCGAGCACAGUGGCCGCCUCUAUGUUGUCUUGAAGAAGGGCAACACAGGUUGCAGCGCGGGCCAGGACACCGAUGAACAAUUCGCACACGCCACGUUCGUCGCCCGUUUCACGCGGUACACACCCGAACCUUCCGCCGAGAGUUCCCAGCUCGUAACUCCUAUCCUCUACGUACAUCCGAUUACUCGAACCGUUACAGGCGAACGACUUCACGAUGAGGGCAAGAUCAUACUUCCGAACAUUCAAUUAAUGGAAAAUUGCCUCUCCGGGAAGGCCGACGAGGAAUUAGGAGAGACAUAUAUCCUUAAUACGGAACAGUAUCAGGCCUUGCAAAAAUUGGUCGACACACUCACCAACGACAUAAACGAUCUUCUCAUGAUCUGUGAACAUCCGAACGCAUGGGCUGACACGAAGCGGCUCAUUCUCGACAAGGGAGUUUUGCGUAGCUGGUGGUCACAAGGGACAGUCCCAUUGCUGGGGAACUCAAUUAUCUGA